AUGAAAUUCCAAGGCAGCUUCAAAUUCCUGCUCGCAUACCUCUCUGUCGCUCUCCCAGCUCUAGCACAGUCGAGCUGCGGCACUCUUCCAUCCUCCAUCAACUUUUCCGAUUCCAAGCUCAGCAGUCCCUUCGUCUUCCUCAACGGCACCGCUGUCACAACCAAAGAGCAAUUCGCAUGUCGUCAAGCCGAAAUAAGCGCCUUAUUCCAGAAAUACGAGCUCGGCACGCUCCCACCCAAACCAUCGUCAGUCACCGGCUCCGUCUCUGGAAACACCAUCUCCGUGACAGCCAGUAAUGGUGGAACCUCCAUCUCAUUUACCGCAACCAUCACCCCUCCUUCUGGUGUAAGCGGCAAAUACCCUGCUAUCAUCGCUAUAGGGGGGAUGAGCAUUCCGAGCCAGGCAGGCGUCGCAACAAUCACAUUCAACAACGACGAUAUUGCCCUGCAGAACGACUCGACGAGCCGCGGGAAAGGAAAAUUCUUCACGCUGUACGGCGCCAAUCACUCAGCAGGCGCCAUGAUCGCUUGGACAUGGGGUAUCUCGCGGAUCAUCGAUGUCCUCGAGUCAAGCAGCACCACGCACAACAUCGACACCAGCAAACUCGGCGUCACAGGCUGCUCGCGGAACGGGAAAGGCGCGUUCGUCGCCGCCGCGUUCGAGCCGCGCAUUGCGCUCGGGCUGGUGCAGGAGUCCGGGUCCGGCGGCGCAGGGUGCUGGCGGAUUUCGAAAGCCAUGCUCCAAGCUGGCGUGUCCACGCAGGACGCAGUCGAGAUUGUCGGCGAGAACGUGUGGUUCUCGCCUAAUUUCAACCAAUACGUGAAUAACCUCCCCGCGCUCCCGUUCGAUCACCACAUGCUCGCUGCGCUAGUCGCUCCGCGCGGGCUGCUGAUCAUUGAGAACGACGGGAUCGACUGGCUUGGUCCGGAGUCUGUCUGGGGGUGCCAGACAACGGGCGCUAAAAGCUACCAGGCGCUGGGUAUUAGUGAUUCCAUGGGAAUUUCUAUGGUGGGGAACCACGCGCACUGCGCGAUGCCGUCGUCGCAGAACGGGGACGUCGCUGCGUUCGUCAAUAGGUUUUUGAAGGGCCAGUCGGGUGUGAACACCAAUAUCAUGCACACGGACGGCGCUAAUAAUGCCGGGUUUGUGCCUGGCAAUUGGGUUACGUGGAUCGUCCCUACUCUCAGCGGAGAUGCCAUUCCGCCUGUUGGGACUUCUUCGACUGAUGCUGGAGGUUCUUCUACGGUUGCCUCGUCUACUUCUACUGCUACUUCUACUGCUCCGCCAGCUACCACUACGGCGCCUGCUCCUGCGCCUCAACAGACUAAAUACGGACAAUGUGGAGGAAAUGGUUGGACGGGUCCUACUGUCUGCCAAAGCGGAUCGACGUGCAAAGCCGUCUCUCCGCCCUAUUACUCUCAGUGCUUGUAA